CUUUUAUCUCAUGUCUAUACCCCUGCAGACAACACAUUUUUACAAGGACAGAGCCUAAAACUUGGUUAGUCUGUGUGUUUUCUUUGCCCCCUUCUUUGUUUUGAAAUCUGCAUUCUUUUGGCUCUUAACCCUAAUGGUGCUGAUUUGUCCUCCCCUGGCUCUUUUGGAUUCUAAACAAGGAAUGGGUUAACACGCAGGGUUUUUAAUGGGGUGGAAAUUUUUUAUUUUUUCUAUCCAACCACUGCAGAGAUGAGAACUCUGGAUCUCACCCUGAGACAAGAAUGCUUUUGUACUGGAUGAAAUGUGCUGGGCUGGUGAGUGUAGCUGGCCAGGUAGUAACUGGAAUGUAGAAGUCCAUUAGGAUCAUGUAACGGAGCCCAGGGGUUUGUAGAAAAACUACAAAAGGGAAGCAAAUGUGAUUCACCCAGGAUUGUGGUAUUUCACUGGUGACCUUCUGGACCAGACACUAAAUGAGGCUUUCAGAAGAUAUCAACUUGGAUAUCUCCUUCCUUUAGUCCACAUCUCCUGUCCCUUGGAUCCCUACCCCUUAAUUUAUUAUUAUUAUUUUUUUUUUUAUAAUUAUAAUUUUAUUAUUGCUAUAAAUAUUUUUGAAGAUGCUGCUCUACGGUGAGAAGCCUCUGCCUUUCCAUUUAUGGACCUUUUUAUUUUUAGGAUGUUUUUGGAUGCUUCCUGGGGAUGUAUCCCCUAAACCCUUCAGGACUUUUGCAGGAAGUGAUUGGAGUUUGACUCAUUUGGUGGUGCACAAUGUUACUGGGGAGCUGUAUUUGGGAGCUGUUAAUCGGAUUUUCCGACUUUCCAGUAAUCUGACUCUCUUAAGAACUCAUGUCACAGGUCCAGUGGAUGAUAAUGAAAAGUGCUACCCUCCUCCAAGUGUGCAGUCUUGCCCUCAUGGUCUCAUCACCACUAAUAAUGUUAACAAACUGCUGUUGGUGGAUUACUCUGACAAUCGGUUAAUAGCUUGUGGCAGUGCCUCCCAAGGAAUCUGCCAGUUCUUGCGUCUUGAUGACUUGUUUAAGUUGGGCGAACCCCAUCACCGUAAAGAACACUAUCUCUCUAGUGUCAAUGAAUCUGGUACUAUGUCUGGAGUCAUUAUUGAAGUUCCUAAUGGCCAGAUCAAACUGUUUGUUGGGACUCCUAUUGAUGGGAAAUCUGAAUAUUUUCCUACCCUCUCCAGCCGCAAACUUUUAAAAGAUGAAGAGGAAGCAGAAAUGUUUGGCUUUGUCUACCAGGAUGAGUUUGUAUCUUCACAGUUGAAGAUUCCUUCAGACACUUUGUCAAAAUUUCCUGCUUUCGAUAUUUACUAUGUGUACAGUUUCAGCAGUGAGCAGUUUGUUUAUUAUUUGACCCUUCAGCUUGAUACCCAGUUGACUUCACCUGACUCCACUGGAGAACAGUUCUUUACCUCAAAAAUUGUUCGACUUUGUGUUGAUGAUCCCAAGUUUUAUUCCUACGUGGAGUUUCCCAUUGGUUGCAUAAAGGAUGGGGUGGAGUAUCGUCUGAUACAGGAUGCUUACCUUGCCAAACCUGGAAAACGUCUGGCCAUGGAGUUGGGCAUUUCUGAAAGGGAUGAGAUUCUCUUCACCGUCUUUUCACAGGGGCAGAAAAAUAGGGUUAAGCCACCAAAAGAAUCUGUCCUCUGCCUCUUUACCUUGAAGAAAAUCAAAGACAAAAUUAAGGAACGCAUUCAGUCUUGCUAUAGAGGAGAAGGAAAGCUCUCCCUACCAUGGCUUUUGAACAAGGAAUUGGGGUGCAUUAACUCACCUCUGCAGAUCGACGACAACUUCUGUGGUCAGGAUUUUAACCAGCCACUUGGCGGAACUGUCACUAUCGAAGGAACACCUCUUUUUGUAGACAAGGACGAUGGCAUGACUUCAGUGGCUGCUUAUGACUACCAUGGACACACUGUUGUGUUUGCUGGAACUCGCAGUGGAAAACUGAAAAAGAUCCUCGUUGACCUCUCAGGGCCAUUGCACGUCACCCAGCAAUACGAAAACGUUUUGGUUCAUAAAGGCUAUUCCAUCCUGAGGGACCUGGUGAUGAGUCCUGACCAGCAAUAUAUAUACGCUAUGACUGAGAAGCGGGUGACCCGUGUACCGGUGGAGAGUUGUGAGCAGUAUCAGACCUGUGAUGCCUGCCUUGGUUCAAGGGAUCCCCACUGCGGCUGGUGUGUGCUUCACAACACGUGUUCACGAAAAGAUAAGUGCGAACGUGCAGAUGAACUUCACCGUUUCACUUCCGAUCUUCGUCAAUGUGUUCAGCUAACUGUUUAUCCAAAAAACAUCUCCGUCACAAUGUCAGAAGUCCCGAUGGUUUUACAAGCCUGGAAUGUCCCCGACCUGUCUGCUGGUGUGAACUGCUCCUUUGAGGAUUUCACAGAAAUGGAAGGACACCUGGAGGAUGGGAGGAUUUAUUGCAGCUCACCUUCUGCAAAGGACAUCAUCCCCAUCACGCGCGGCUAUGGUGAUAAACGAGUGGUAAAACUUUACCUGAAAUCCAAAGAGACGGGGAAGAAGUUUGCCAAUGUGGAUUUUGUUUUCUACAACUGCAGUGUUCACCAAUCGUGUCUUUCCUGUGUCAACGGAUCUUUUCCAUGUCACUGGUGCAAAUACCGGCAUGUCUGCACCCACAAUGCAGCUGAAUGCUCCUUUCUGGAAGGAAGAGUGAAAAUGUCAGAGGACUGUCCGCAGAUUCUGCCUUCGACCCAGAUCUACAUUCCAGUAGGGGUGGUAAAACCCAUCACACUGACCGCCAAGAACCUCCCGCAGCCCCAGUCUGGACAGCGCAAUUAUGAGUGCAUCUUCCACAUCCCAGGAAGUGUGACGCGGGUUACUGCUCUGCGUUUCAACAGCACCAGUAUCCAGUGUCAGAACACCUCGUACAACUAUGAAGGAAACGAUAUCAGCGACCUGCCUGUAAAUCUGUCUGUGGUGUGGAAUGGACACUUUGUUAUCGACAACCCACAAAACAUUCAAGCUCACUUGUAUAAAUGCUCUGCCUUACGGGAGAGUUGCGGCCUGUGCCUUAAAUCUGACCCUAGAUUUGAGUGCGGUUGGUGUGUGAGUGAAAAGAAGUGCACACUGCGACAAAAUUGCCCUGUGCCCGACAGUCCCUGGAUGCACGCAAGCACUGCCAAUAGUCGCUGCACAGACCCAAAGAUCACCAAGCUGUUUCCUGAGACAGGCCCCAAGCAGGGUGGGACUCGACUGACCAUCACUGGAGAAAACCUUGGCUUGAGGUUUGAAGACAUCCGGGUAGGCGUGAGAGUCGGUCAAGUCAUGUGCAUCCCGAUUCAAAGCGAGUACAUCAGUGCCGAGCAAAUUGUGUGUGAGAUUGCAAAUGCCAAUUCCUCUUUGGCCCAUGACGUUCCAGUGGAGGUGUGCGUGCGAGACUGCUCACAGGAUUACAGGGCCCUUUCACCGAAGACAUUUACAUUUGUGGCUCCAUCUUUUAAUCGUGUUAGUCCGGCUCGUGGUCCAUUGUCUGGUGGCACAUGGAUAUCCAUUGAGGGAAGCAAUCUAAAUGCUGGUAGUGAUGUGAAAGUAGAGAUUGCUGGUCAUCCUUGUGCUUUCUCAUGGCGAACUGCUCAGGAAAUUCGAUGUAAGACCCCACAAGGGCAGAAUGCAGGAGGAGCAGAGAUCAAAAUUCACAUCAACAAUGCAGUACUCAACAACAAGGAUGUACUGUACAACUAUACAGAGGAUCCAACUGUACUAAGGAUUGAACCUGAAUGGACUAUCCUCAGUGGAGGGACGCCUCUUAUUGUAACUGGAACAAAUCUGGCAACCAUUCGAGAACCCAAGAUUCGUGCCAAAUAUGGAGGCAUUGAGCAGGAGAAUAACUGCACAGUCUACAAUGACACUACAAUGAUGUGCCUUGCACCUUCCCUCGAAAAAACCUUGAGGAUCCCACCGGAGUACGGAGGUCGCCCAGAUGAAAUUGGCUUCAUCAUGGACAAUGUCCAGGCUCUUCUCAUCGUGAACACAACCAACUUCAUUUACUAUCCAGAUCCUGUGUUUGAACCUCUUAGCGCAUUAGGCAACCUUGAACUAAAACCAAGCUCACCCCUGAUUAUAAAGGGACGAAAUAUCAUCCCGGCAGCUCCAGGAAAUUUUCGACUUAAUUACACAGUGUUAAUAGGAGAUACCCCCUGUGCACUUACCGUCUCAGAGACCCAGCUCCUGUGCGAGUCACCAAACCUAACUGGGCAACAUAAAGUCACUAUUAAAGCAGGAGGUUUUGAGUAUUCACCUGGCACCCUGCAGAUUUACUCAGACAGCCUCCUGACCUUACCAGCAAUCAUUGGCAUUGGUGGUGGUGGUGGCCUGCUGCUGCUCAUUAUCAUCAUUGUCCUGAUAGCUUACAAACGCAAGUCACGGGAUGCUGACCGCACAUUGAAGCGUCUGCAACUGCAAAUGGACAAUUUAGAAUCCCGUGUGGCAUUGGAGUGUAAAGAAGCAUUUGCAGAACUGCAGACGGACAUCCACGAGUUGACUAAUGACCUUGAUGGAGCCGGAAUCCCAUUCCUUGAUUACCGCACCUAUGCCAUGAGGGUACUCUUUCCAGGGAUUGAAGACCAUCCAGUCCUGAAAGAGAUGGAGGUCCAGGCCAAUGUGGAGAAAGCCCUGAAUCUGUUUGGCCAGCUCUUAAACAAGAAGCACUUUCUUCUCACCUUCAUUCGCACCCUGGAAGCUCAGCGCAGCUUCUCCAUGCGGGACCGUGGAAACGUUGCCUCCCUCAUCAUGACAGCCCUACAGGGGGAGAUGGAAUAUGCCACAGGGGUUCUCAAGCAGCUCCUUUCCGAUCUGAUCGAAAAGAACCUCGAGAGUAAGAACCACCCCAAGUUGCUGCUGAGACGGACUGAGUCUGUUGCUGAGAAGAUGCUGACAAACUGGUUCACGUUUCUUCUGUACAAAUUCUUGAAGGAAUGUGCUGGUGAGCCCCUUUUCAUGCUUUACUGUGCCAUAAAGCAGCAGAUGGAGAAAGGACCCAUUGAUGCCAUCACUGGAGAAGCACGUUACUCGCUGAGUGAGGACAAGCUCAUUCGUCAGCAAAUAGACUACAAGAUGCUGAAUCCUUGUCCUGAUGACGUUGGGCUGAGCGAUGAAACAUGUUGCCGCUCGCCUCAAACUCUGAAUUGUGUGAAUCCGGAGAAUGAAAACGCCCCUGAAAUCCCAGUGAAAGUGCUGAACUGUGACACAAUCACCCAAGUGAAAGAAAAGCUGUUGGAUGCGGUAUAUAAAGGGGUGCCAUACUCACAGAGGCCCAAAGCAGGAGACAUGGACCUUGAAUGGCGUCAAGGUAGGAUGGCCAGGAUUAUACUACAAGAUGAGGAUGUGACAACCAAAAUCGAUAAUGACUGGAAACGUCUCAACACAUUGGCUCAUUAUCAGGUUAUAGAUGGAUCUUCUGUUGCACUGGUACCAAAACAGAACUCUGCCUACAAUAUCUCAAAUUCCUCAACAUUUACAAAAUCGUUAAGUAGAUAUGAGAGCAUGCUACGAACAGCCUCUAGUCCUGAUAGUCUGCGUUCCCGUACACCUAUGAUCACCCCUGAUUUGGAGAGUGGCACAAAGCUCUGGCACCUUGUAAAGAACCAUGAUCACUUGGACCAACGUGAAGGUGACAGGGGGAGCAAGAUGGUUUCUGAGAUCUAUCUUACUCGCCUAUUAGCAACAAAGGGUACUCUGCAGAAAUUUGUAGAUGAUUUGUUCGAGACAAUCUUCAGCACGGCGCACCGCGGCAGCGCAUUGCCUCUCGCCAUCAAGUAUAUGUUCGACUUCCUAGAUGAACAGGCAGACAAGCAUCAGAUCACAGAUUAUGACGUGCGGCACACAUGGAAGAGUAACUGUUUACCAUUAAGAUUCUGGGUGAAUGUGAUCAAGAACCCGCAGUUUGUGUUCGACAUUCACAAAAACAGCAUCACGGACGCCUGCCUCUCUGUGGUUGCUCAGACAUUUAUGGAUUCUUGUUCCACAUCAGAACACAAGCUGGGAAAAGACUCCCCGAGCAAUAAAUUGCUCUAUGCCAAGGACAUUCCCAACUACAAGAGCUGGGUAGAAAGGUAUUAUGCUGAUAUCGCCAAAAUGUCAGUGAUCAGUGACCAGGAUAUGAGCGCAUACCUGGCAGAGCAAUCAAGGUUGCACUUGAGCCAGUUCAACAGCAUGAGUGCGCUGCACGAAAUUUAUUCAUAUAUUACAAAGUACAGAGAUGAAAUAUUAACUGCAUUGGAAAAAGAUGAACAAGCAAGACGACAGCGGCUACGAAGUAAACUGGAGCAGGUCAUUGACACCAUGGCACUAAGCAGUUGAAAUCCAAGAUCUUUUGCGCUAAUGGGUCUCUUAGCAGUGGCUACCGAGCGAGAGAGAGAGAGCGAGGACGCCUCUAGACUGACCAUGUGCUGACGCAUGUGGCCUUGGGAAAUAAAGCAAAAAAACGCUGCCUGCAGUACUGGCUGGGAACAUUCAUGAGACAAUGGACAAAAUGUACAUAUAUAUAAAGACUUUAGAGAACAUUUCAAAGAAUGAUAUAGAAACCUUUAUAAAUAAACAGUUUUAAGGGACUCUAAAUUUCAAUACAAAUUAAAAAAAUUAUAGAUCUAAGACAAUGGGAGCUGCUCUAUGUUCCAAGGGAAAGAUAACAUGCCUGGUGUUUUGAUGUCCAUGGAUUACACAAUGGGAUGAGACUGGUUUUUGGAAAACCUCAACAUGGAAAUCCUUUCAUCGAGUCACUCUUGUCUCCGCACCCAUCCCACCCAAGCAGCCCUGUACCCCAAAACAACCUCUCUCUCUUUGGCUUUCUGCCAAUAGUGUUACUGCUAAAUUUGCACAAUUUACUGAAAAUUCUGGGGUUUUUAAAGAAAUAAAAAAAAAGAAAAAAAAAAAGACUGAAAUUAUCUGGAAGAAAAGAAAAAGUGUUUGUGUUUCUGGAAAAAAUAAAGAAUAAAGACGAAGCAGAACCCAACCCACAGAUUCCCUUCCACAAGAACAAAAACUCCAGAACCUUUGAUAUUUUUCUAGACUUUGUUCUGUGCCAUGUUUCAUUUGAAUGUCGUUUUAGUGAAUAAAAAUGAACAAGAAGAUAUUACAAUGAAGACGUUGGCAGAGGGAAUAUAUAUAUAUAUAUAUAUAUGUGUAUGGAUGGGAGAAGAGUUGGACCAGUUUUGGUUCUAAAGGGGGUACUGGAAGGAGCACUAGAGAGAAAUAUACAUUGAGUUUUACUAAAGCCCUGUAUUUUAUUUUGAAA